AGAGAGGCCACAGGCAGCGGCCCUCUGCAGGAGGGGGCGCUUAUCCGAACAAAUACACACACAUGUGUGAGCUGCUUGGCCGCACGAUAGCUCCUAUGUGGACAUCAGUUCUUUUAGAAAAGCAUACCACCGCGGCUCUCCAUUUAAAAUGCCUAUCUUACUUUUCCUGUUAGACACGUCCGCCUCUAUGAAUCAGCGCACUUAUUUGGGUACGACAUAUCUGGACGUUGCUAAAGGCGCGGUUGAGGUCUUUAUGAAGCUGCGUGCCCGAGACCCGGCUAGUAGAGGCGACAGGUACAUGCUAGUUACAUUCGAUGAUCCACCAUACGGAGUGAAGGCAGGCUGGAAGGAGAACCAUGCGACCUUCAUGUGCGAGCUGAAGAACCUGCAGGCGUCUGGGCUGACCACACUAGGUCACGCUCUUCGCACAGCCUUUGACCUGCUUAACCUCAACCGCCUCGUCUCAGGCAUCGACAACUAUGGACAGGGACGAAACCCUUUCUUCCUCGAGCCAUCUGUGAUCAUCACUAUCACCGAUGGGAACAAGCUUACGCACAGCUCUGGGGUGCCAGAUGAGCUGCACCUGCCUCUGAACUCUCCUCUGGCUGGCAGUGAACUGACCAAAGAGCCCUUUCGGUGGGACCAGCGUCUGUUUGCGUUGGUGCUGAGGCUGCCGGGAGCAGCAACACCAGACAACGAGCAGCUCGGUAGUGUCCCCACAGAUGAGUCCUCAAUCACCCAGAUGUGUGAAGUUACUGGAGGGCGAUCAUACUGUGUACGGACACAGAGGAUGUUGAACCAGUGUCUGGAAUCUCUGGUCCAAAAGGUCCAAAGUGGAGUUGUCAUUAAUUUUGAGAAGACGGGGCCAGAUCCCAUUGGGGAAGAUAUCUCUGUGGACUCAAGUCGUCCUGUGUCGUCCUUCAGUCCUCAGCUGUGGCACAGUUGCCACAAACUCAUAUACGUUCGGCCGAACCCAAAGACAGGCGUGCCAGUUGGGCAUUGGCCCAUACCAGAGUCCUUCUGGCCGGACCAGAAUUCUCCCACGCUUCCUCCUCGCUCUGCUCACCCCAUGGUGCGUUUCUCAUGUGUGGACUGUGAGCCCAUGGUGAUUGACAAACUUCCGUUUGACAAGUAUGAACUGGAGCCCUCUCCACUCACCCAGUACGUUCUGGAACGGAAAUCUCCACACAUGUGCUGGCAGGUGUUUGUGAACAGCAGUGGGAAGCCGAAUGACCUGGGACAGCCGUUUGGCUACCUUAAAGCCAGCACCACUCUUACCUGUGUCAACCUGUUCGUCAUGCCUUACAACUUCCCAGUCCUUCUCCCACUUCUCGAUGAUUUGUUUAAAGUGCACAAACUAAAACCAAACCUCAAGUGGCGUCAGGCCUUAGAGAUUUACCUAAAGACGAUGCCUCCAUACUACGUCUUGCCCUUAAAAAAGGCGUUGAGGAUGAUGGGUGCACCUAAUCUAAUAGCAGACACGAUGGACUGCGGCCUGAGUUACAGUGUCAUCUCUUAUCUGAAGAAGCUCAGUCAGCAGGCAAAGAUUGAGUCAGACCGUUUAAUCGUGUCCGUGGGGAAGAAAGCUCCUCAAGAAACAGGCAUCAAGGUGAAGAACCACUCCGGCUCUUUAUCUCUAGCCCACCGACGAGACUUCAAGCAGCUGCUGCAGGGAAUCACUGGGGAGGGGCCUAUUCGACUCGCGGACAUCAACUUCAAAGAGUUUGCUGGCUUCCAGAUCGCUCUGCCCAACAAGGAUUUAAAACCUCAGGCUUAUCGAAAUGCCUUCGACAUCCCCAGACGGAACCUUCUAGACCAGGUCACCCGAAUGCGCUCCAAUCUGCUGCGGACAUCACAGAAACUUAUCCGAGGGCAAGACGAAGACUAUCUGCACAGUAUUCCAGUGGCUCAGAUGGGAAACUAUCAGGAGUACCUAAAGAUGAUGCCGUCUCCUCUGAGAGAGAUUGACCCCGACCAACCGAAACGUCUGCACACAUUUGGGAAUCCUUUCAAACAGGAUAAGAAGGGCAUGAUGAUCGAUGAGGCAGAUGAGUUUGUCGCAGGCCCUCAAAGUAAGAAAAGAGGAAAUUCCAAUGAUUCCAACUCGAGUGCUACUGUGAAGAGAAGGCGAAGUAUGUCCCCAUUGCUGCGGCGGCCACAGACUCCACCAGCAAACACCAACCAUGUGGUGGUGGGAAAGACUCCGGUGGCGAUUCAAGAGCAGCAGAAUCUCAUCAAACCCAUCCCACAGCACAAAGGAGUGGAUGUCAACAACUUGGUGGUCCCUGAGAGUAAUGGCGAUGGAGGCCUUGGGCCAGAGUCGGGGGCGAUCUGGCCUGCUGAGUUGGACCCUGUAGUUGAAAACUCACCUGCACUGAUCCUUGAGGAGAAGUCCAGGAUGGUAGCAGCUGAUCAGGAAGAGGACAUCGACUCAACGGAGGAGAGACUGGUGGAGGAGAGACUGGUGGAGGAGAGGCUGGUGGAGGAGAGACUAGUGGAGGAGAGACUAGUGGAGGAGAGACUAGUGGAGGAGAGACUAGUGGAGGAGACACUAGUGAAGGAGACACUAGUGGAGGAUUGUCUAGAUGAGCAGCCCCUGGAGGAUAAACACAACUGUGAACAACUGAGUCCGCAGAGCGAGCUCGACGACUCGGACGAUGACAUGGCAAUGCUGGAGACCAUUUUCAUAGCACCACUAGACGGAAGCCAAGCAGAGCUGCGGACGCGGGUCAUAAAGGAAGUCCGCAAGCCUGGACGAAACUACGAUGCAAUAGAGUCCCUCCUGCAGCAGGUGAAAGGCCCUUUUAAUGUUAAGAGGUACUUCAUCCAACAUGCCAUCAAAGAGGCCAUCAGGUUCAAGAAGCGGGUUCUGAUCCAGCAGCUGGAGUUGAUCCUUGCUGAGUUGGAGGAGAAGCAUGCGGCGUCCUUGCUGCUGUCCAACGACAAUGGCAGAUAGUGAUGAAGCCAUCUCUGGUUUUUGUUACUGAAGUAUGUUUUGUUCACGGUUGAAUAUCACCGCCAUCGAAGAGAGGUCCUCAUUGACUUGCCUCAAAAAGACUGAGAAGCUAGGGGCGUAAAAAGGACAAAUGCACUGAGAGCCGACGCUCCUACUGUCCCUGUGCUGUUACAUCACAUCCUGUUAGAGGCGGAAGGUCAGGGGUUUAGCUGGAGAAGGGGCCUCCAGCACAGAUCGACUGAGGAUGACUAAAGAGACUUUAAUAUAAUCCUCUUUAUAUUGACAGAUGCCUUAAACAUCCAUACGGCUUUUGUCUGUAUCAGCACAUUGUUCAGAUAUACACUCCGUUAGACAGACACAGUAAGCCCACAGAUCGUUCAUUGGCAGAGUGUGGACAGGACAGAUUAUUUCUGUUAUUGUUAUUUCUAUUUUUUAAAACACCUUUCUUCAGCUGGUCUGAAAAGUGUUUGUUAGUCUUAGACCAGUUUUUAGAGUAAUUAAUAACAUUUAGCUGUAUGAACGACAGGAGGAAUCUGAUCCAAUUGGGUCCCCCUCAUGUUUUUAGUAUUAAUAUCUGGUGUUGAUACUGGUACUGAACAUCUUCACUGGGAGAAUAAUCAUUUGAUGAUCUUGACAUGCAUUAACAUUAAGGGUGGGCAAUAUGGAUCAAACAAUGAUGAUGUGAUUUUAAGUUGCAUUAGCAAUAUAUGCUGAAGUUUAUCAUCACUUUACUGAAACUUUUAUUGAUAAACUAAAAAUUUCCAUUAAUGCCUUGAAAUGGCUAAAAUGCAACACUAAUACGGCCCUGCCCCCCGCUCCCUGUCUCCCCACCCUCACAGCGCCACCUGCAGUUAAGGAGCCUUUUCCAGAUUCAUAGCCCCACCCACAAGUUGACAGGAUUGAUAUCAUUAGGUUUGUUACUUUACAAUCCCCUGGUUUCUUCCAAUUGGCAUUUGUUUACUGCAGUGUUGAGGAAAUACUCAGAGGCACAAGAAGGACCUUUUAAAAUGUUUAAAAACAUGAAUUUCCGUGGAGGGGGACUUCCAACGAUAAAAUGUGUAUUUUUGGUCAAUCUAGUCAGUGACCUUUAUUUAACCAGGCAAGUCAUUAAACCUAAUUCCUAUUCACAAUGGAAGCCUGGCAAAGGGGAAAAUGCUAAAACGACUGAAGCACACUCCUUCAAAAACGUUUCGGCGCACUCAAUACCAAUACACAACAAAACAGCAUAACAUGGGACAACAAGCAUUACUUGAAUUACAUACUACAACAGAACAAGAGUAGCGAGCACCAGCUGCAUGACAAACAGGCAAAGCACAAACAGCAGCAGCCGUAGCUCAACAACACGAUAGUAUACCUUCGACACAGCAUCAGACAGACAGACAGACGAGGGUAUGUUGAUCCUAGUGAGUCAAAAAGCAGCUGUCAAUAAAAAAGUCUUUAAUAGAGUCUUAAAAAAGUAACUGAGUUUAAAAUUGUCCAGGUUUUGUGUUUUUGGAUGCAGCAGUCUGAAGUGAUGACAAACCAAACUGUAUUUGCACCGGAUACUUUUAACAGAAUAAGAUGAUACAAAAAUACACAUUCCAUACUAAAAUAUGUAGCAGGUGAUAUUAUUUAUCUUUGUUCGGAAUCUUGUGCUUACUUAGUUACUAACUGAUUUACAAAAGAUAAUUUACUACAAAGUCAUAUGGAUCUCUAUCGACUUCAGAUGGUCGAUAUAGUGGUUUCACCGUGGUGGAUAGAAUUCAGCAAAUCAAAUUUUAUUUUCAUCUUGGAAUGUAUGGAGACAAACGAUUAUCAUCAGCAGAAAUAAUUUCCUGCACAUACAUUAACUUGUUCCCAUGACAUAUUUUUCAUUUGAUAUUAUAAUGUGCGCACAAGAAACACAAGAUAAAAAGUAUCACCUGUCUGACCUUUGGGGCCUCCUUACUAAAGGGAUAGUUACAUCUAUAAAUGAUAAAGCUAAAUGUUGAAUGGUAGAAUAAUUUCCCUCAUCUCAGAGGCCUUAUUGCCCACUCUAUUGUCAACAAGUUGAAACGUCAAACAUUUCUCUCUUGAGAUCAUUUAGUCUCUAAAUGUCCAAACUGGGUCCAAUAUGUUACUAAAGUCAGUUGUACUGACUCACUCCUGAAAACAAGCGUCAUACCAUAGUUUAGAAUCUAGAAGUAUCAGUUGUUCUUUUUUACACAUUAGUGAGUUGUACUGAGAACGGACCAAACACAAGACUGAUUGAGGAUUGGUGUUGUCCUACCUGCCAUUAUAGCAACACAACAUUGGUUCAGUGAAUGCAGCUGUUGGUAUCCAUUUAGAGUUGGUACCCUCACCACACACAGCUCAGCACAACAAACACUCCAUUGAUUCCCAGAAUUACAACUUUAGUCAGAGGAAUCUGUGCAUCUGUGCUCAGUGGACGAUCAUCUGUUGUUGAACAACUGGUUAUCUGCCCUCUGCUGCUUUUCACACAAACCACAGUCAGCACUCCCCCUUGGUUCUCCUCAUUUUUACCACAGUUGUACAGUACUUUUUAAUGUUCAUAAGGAAUAUAGAUUAUUUUUGUGAAUUUGUUUAUUUCAGAGUAUAUGAACUAUUUUGAAAGGAAAUGUUUAAAAGCCAAUUUUGUAAACUGUUAAAUGCAUAUACAAAAGUGUAAAGUUUUAUGAACAUGCUCCAUUUUUUUAAGAAAACAAAAAAAUAAAC